AUGACACAGUCUUCCAUCUAUAGUAGUUAUGUUGAAGCCGAUUUUAAUCCUAUACCAAAAUCGUCCUCUUCUUCAACAACCACUUCCUUGGAACAACACCAUCAGCAGUCUAUCUCUAAUAUCGACGACGUGCAGAACUAGUUACGACAAAAACAACAACCUCGUCUCGAUAUAGACAGCACGACACCAUAAAGAAAAAGGACAAAGGACUCAAAAAUGAUACUUUUACUGAUGAUACAACUACUAUGGAUUUACGCGAAGCUAGUUUGGAAGAUUUAGAAGGAUUAAUUGCUGCUUCAGCUAAACGAUUGGCCAAUUAUCGAAUAAAAAGUAGAUCAGAAAGACAACGAACCACUAGUAUGAUAUCCAAUACUGAUCGACCAUCACAACAACAAGAAGAGAAUGACAAUGAAUCUACUGAUUCUUCCUCUUAUCAUAGUCUUCAUCAACAAGAAGCAUUUACCUCUCUCUCAUUACCCAAUGACUUUAGUCAACAAGAUGAUACCAUUUCAAUUCCUUCUUCUUCUUCUUCUUCUUUUAUUAUGGAUACCACAACAACAACAAUAGCAACAACUUCAGAUACUCCUGCAACAAUGGAUGAUAUAAUGUCACCUCCUUUACCAUCACAAGACCCUAUUAGACGCAAGAAAUAUUAUCAUCGCUUACCUCCUUCAUUAUCAUCUCAUGUAUUAGAGAAGGAAAAGUUUAGUUUGGUAUCUCCUACUUCUCCAUCUUUAUCUUCUUUUCGUCGAUCAACUCAGAUCACUUCACCUCCUGUCCCACUUGGUUCUUCCUCCUCAUCCUACCAACAACAACAUCGUCGACCAUCAAAAAUCACUGCAACAUUAGAAAAUACAACCAGUAAUGGAACAUCACAGCAAUCAUCAAGAAGUCAGCGAUAUUCUUCCUCAUCAACAUCUUCUUCUUCUUUACGUUCAUCCAACAACACGUCACCUAUACGUAAUUCCAACAAAAGUUUCCCAACAAUGAAAACGACAAUGUCUUCUCAAACAGGACUUUCCAAAUCAUUGUCUUCAAGUUCUUUAAUGGGGUUAACGAUUGAUUCCUCUUCGUCUCCAAUAACAUCUUCACGGCACAGUAUGUCUCCUCGACACAGUAUGUCUCCUCCUCAACCAUCAUCAUUAUCAAAGGGUAGACGAUUACGGACUUUAUCUACUAUGGAAUCAUCUUCAUUCACAACUGGACCUCUGGCAGGCACCAAGUCACAUUCCUCCAUCAUCAUACCCAAAUUGCCACAUGAACCGACUAAAUCAAACACAACUACACCUAUCCAACUCAAAUCCAAUAGUAUGAGCAAUAAUAGUCUUCGACAACAACAACAACAGCAAAAGCCUCGAUCUACGACCCAAAGCACUACAGGACAGCGGCAAGACAACACAGCAACAGAAACGAAUCACAGUAGAAACUCUUUAGAUAUUAAUAAUUCAGCACCAAAAAGAACUCGUCAUGUCUCUAUGCUUUCAAAGCCAUCAGUCUUGGUAUCACCGUCAAUGAAUCGAUCAAGGAAAACAAGUAUGGGUACACUUCCUUCUCGAAAAACACUGGAAUCUAUUACUACUCUGGUAAAUGAUACACAGGUUGAUAGAAAUGCAAGUCUGCACUCCAGCACCAAACAGACAUCGAAGCACCGUGUUUCUUCUACCAUUACUACAUCAUCCAUUCGGUCUAAGGAGCAAACCAAAUUGGUGGCUCCCUCUCAUCGUCAUCAACAACAGCAAGAAGAAGACAACGAAGUACAAAAUAACACUAAACUUGUCAAACCGAAAGAAACAAAAGGAAGGAAAAGGGGCAAGACCCUUCCUGGUAGUCUAGCAUCACCCCCACCAGUCAUAUCUUUAGCUUUACCUCCUCUUAAAGUGGAACCUAUCUCAUCUCAUCAACGUAACCAAGAUAACGUUCAUCAUCAACAGUCGACUACACGUUCUACGGCCAAAACACCCACUCGUAUUCCGUUGCCAAUGAAACCAUCUAGAUCACAAGCAACAACUAAUGAAGAAAGUAUGAAUGAUGAUAAUAAUGAUAAGGAAGAAAAUGGUGAUUCAACAACAACAACAAAAAAAUCAACAUCAUCAGCAUCAUCAGUAAAAGUAGGCGCUUCCACUACAGUAUAUUCGAACCAAUCGUCAUACAUCGCUCCACCUGGAAUGAUGACUUGCAAAUUGAACCGGGAUCCUAUCUUACGCAAACAAUUAUCAUCAGUGACCAUGCGAUCUAGUCAAGUCAAUCAUUCUUCUUCACAAUCGCAAGAGAAAUCUCACUUGGAUUCCCCUUCUUUGUCAUCUUCAACAAGAACAACAUCUUCAGGACCAGCCACAGGUGUUAGAACGAGGAAAAUCAGUACUAUAUCAACAAGAACAGGAAUGGGCGUUUCUGCGUCUAUUAAACCAACGGUGAUCCCAGACGCAAUCGAGUACCAACUCUACAUGAACGAUUACAAGCUUUGGUCAACGAAAGCAAUGCAUGGCGAAAUCCAUCCUCAACAUCAUCCUCAUCUAAUUCCGCUACUAUGGCAACAGCAAAACAUCAUCCUUUAAAGACAACUACAAAGAAGAAAGAAAUCGUGAUACGUGGAGGCGGUCAUUCAACAACUACAAAUCAUCAAGGAAGAGCCAAUGGAGAAAUCAGCU